AUGAACGGAGCGCCAAGCUCGUCAGCCGGCCAGGAUAAGCCGCUGCUCAUCGCCUCCUGGAACGUGGCCGGCUGGGAGGCGACGCUCCGGUACAUCAAGGAGCACUACAAGACGCUGGAUUGCUUCUUCGAACGCCAUGGCUUCGAUAUCCUUUGCCUGCAGGAGGUCAAGGUCACGCGCCAAAAGCUGUCGGCCCACAACGCAGCCUCGCUCGGCGCACACAGCGUGAGCGGCUGGGAGUCGUUCUGGUCCUGCUCUCCGAAAGGGUUCAACGGCGUGACGACCUUUGCGCGCAAGGGCCUCACGCGGCAUGCAGACGCCGCGCCGCUCGGCAAGCCCGUGGAUGCGGAGGGGCGGUGCGUGAUGACGGACCACGGCGCAGUCGUGAUCUUCAAUGUGUACGUGCACGCCACCGGCAGCGACACCGACGGCUCUCGGCGCGCAAAGAAGCUCGAGUUCCUCGAGGCGGUCCGCGCAAAGAUGCGCGCCGUCCGGGCGGGCGGCCGUGCGGUGUGCCUCGCCGGUGACCUCAACAUCGCGCGGCGCGCGGCUGACGGGCCGUGGCAGCAGGCCUUCCUCUCGCGUGCCUCCCUCCGCGCCCACGGCCGGGUCGAGCUCGUCGAGGGCGACGGCGAGGUUGCGGGCUGGGGCGACGAGGUCAGCCGCCUUCGGACCGAGCUGGGCAGGGCGUUCCACCGUCGCGGCGAGGGGGGCGCGGCUGGCGGGUACGAGUGGUGCGCAGCGCUCGAGGCGGUCCUGGACAGGGCGGCCCUGCGCGAUUCCGCUGUGGGCGAGGCGCUGCGGCGGGUGGUGCUGUCGCUCGGCGAGUCGAGCUCUUCCCAAGAGGCGGUCGCGUGGCUCCGAUCCAUCGAGGCCGACGGGAUGGUUGACACGUUUGGCGAGCUGCGCCCCGCGGCCGAGUGCCGCUUCACCUGCUGGGACCAGUACAAAAACAUGCGGCACGUCAACGUCGGCCGAAGGAUCGACUACAUCUACCUCGACCGGCCCCUCUUUGACGAGGCCGCGCUGCGCGGCCCGCCGCUCGCAGAGGCCGAGGACGCUGCGGGUGCUCUGCGGGCGGCGACUGCAGGCGGCCGGUGGGCGCCGGCGCCGUGGACGGGCGCCUCAGUGCUGCAGGAGGCGCCGAUGACCACGCACGACACGCAGUUCGUCCCCCCGCACAGCGGCGUGAUCUACACGCCCCCGCAGGCCUCGGACCACGUCGCCGUCUCGCUGCUGCUUCGACACGGCGCCGUACCCGCGCAGACGCUGCAGCUGGACGACGACACCCGCAGCUGCUCUUUCCGCCCGCAGCGGACGAUCGCCUCCUUCUUUGGAGCCGCACCGGCCGCCAAGGCGGCCAGGCGCGAGUGA